AUGCAGGUUGAGGGCCCAAAAUCCCCAGAAGAAAUGCUUACGAUAUUGCAAAGAGUGCUUGAAGAAAGUGCUCCUGUCCUUGUUUCAGCUAGGCUUGACGCUGAGGAACGAAGAAACAAUAUACGUUUGAGGGAGGAGCAAGAUGCUGCUUAUCGAGCAGCACUCGAAGCUGAUCAGGCUAGGGAACGCCAGAGGAAAGAAGAGCAAGAACGGCUGGAAAGGGAAGCUGCUGAAGCUGAGAGGAAGCUAAAGGAGGAAGAAGAGGCUCGUGAACGAGCAGCACGUGAAGCCGCUGAGAAAGAAGCUGCAUUGGUUAGAAUGCGCCAAGAGAAAGCCCUCUCACUUGGCACUGAACCUGAAAAAGGACCUGAUGUUACUCAAGUUUUGGUGCGGUUCCCAAGUGGAGAGCGAAAAGGGAGGAGGUUUCAUUGUACUGUGACAAUACAAUCUCUAUAUGACUAUGUUGAUUCUUUGGGUUCCUUAGAAGUUGAGAGUUACAGCCUUGUUUCCAACUUCCCUCGGGUUGUAUAUGGCACAGAGAAGCUCUCUUGGUCCCUGAAAAAAGCAGGGUUACAUCCUCAGGCCAGCCUUUUUGUGGAACUGAACUCCUGA